AUGAGCCUCUGGUACCAAGUGCAACGCCAAACAAAGGUUCUAAACAUUUUGAGGAAUCAGGGAAUCCUGAGCAAGUACUUACCUGAGAUUGUUGCUUCUGGUAGGAUUUUACAUUCUGGAGCAUGCAAUAAAGAGAGCCCUGGGGGAAGGUGUGAUCACCCUUGGUGUGGAACUCCAAUACUGGUGACAUCUCCAAGAGGGGAGCCACUAUCAUCUGUGGCUGCUAAUGAGGGGUCAUUUUCUGCAGAUGAAGCGACACGCCUGUGCCGGGAUUGUCUAGCUGCUCUAAGAAGUGCAGCCAUGGCUAAUGUGCAGCAUGGUGAUAUUUGUCCUGAAAACAUAAUACGUGUUGUCGAAAAACAAGGUGUUAGAAACAAAGGUAGCAUGUAUGUUCCCAUAUCUUGGGGGCGUGCCGUGCUGGAAGAUAGGGACAGCCCAGCAAUAAAUUUGCAAUUCUCAUCAUCUCAUGCACUUCAGCAUGGGAAGCUGUGUCCUUCUUCUGAUGCUGAAAGCAUUGUGUACAUCCUGUAUUUUAUUUGUGGAGGGACUAUGUCUCUACAAGAUUCUAUUGAAUCUGCUCUACAAUGGAGAGAGAGAAGCUGGGCAAAGCGUUUGAUCCAGCAGCAUAUUGGUCAUGUUUCUGCUCUCUUGAAAGCAUUUGCUGAUUAUGUGGAUAGCCUUUGUGGAACUCCAUACCCUGUUGACUAUGAUAUAUGGUUGAAAAGAUUGAACAAAGCUGUGGAAGGCUCAGCAGAUAAAGGUAAAGGGAUUGAAGAAGUACCAAUAACAUUAAGAUUAGAGGAUGUUGCUGGGUCUUCAGGAGCUUCUGGCCCUUGA